UGCAUACGGCAAAGCGCUCUGAUUUGGGCAUUUUAGUUUUGACGCGGUUUUCCCAAAGGGGCUCUUCUAACCACUGACACCGACGCGGUUUCGACACGCAGGGCUGCUUUGGUCGUUUGCCACGGAACGCUCCGGAGCUCGCCGUCUGACUCACUGGCAUCCAAAAGUGUCAAAAGAAUUCCCGGAAAUCAUUUAGGCCACGAGUGGGAAUCGAAGGCCGACCCGAGUGUUUUCAAGUUUGUUUUACCUUGUCCGUAAGCGACUGCGAGCUUUCCGGAAUGUCCGUCCGCGUUUGUGUGCAUCCCGGCAGGAAAAAGGGGCGCGCUCAGGAUUAGCGAGGUUAGAGGUGCGCAUUGUUUGGACGGACCGGGAGGAAAAGAUGGUUCGGGUUCAGCGGGACGGGAAGCGGGAGAAGCGAGGCUGAACAAAGGCUCCGUUUCGGGACGGUGCUGAUUUUGGUCAAUUCAGUCAGUGGGGCAAAUAACUGCGAAGACAUCCUCAAUUCCACCGACACGCCUCCCCAUGAGGAAGCAGGAUCUGGAUUCGCUGAGGUCACCACCUCGGCGGCGAGGCCCCGGGGACGGAUGAGAUCCGUCCGCAGUUCAUAAAGACUCCGGUGGACGCGGCUCUGCUAAUUUGUGUGGACUUUGGGGACAUUGCCUCUACAUUGGUCUGACUGGGGUGGCGGUCCGGAAGGGGUUUCCAAACCACGGAGCGGUCCCCGCUCAUCAGCCUCCCCGGGGAGGUCUGUUCAGGGGUGCCGGAGACGAGGGUCCGUCGGCAAGUCGAAUCUCAGAGAUUCAAGAGGACCGACGUGGUUUUCAUCGUGGCCGGGCGACACUUGACCAGGUAGGUCUACACCGUGGGAGGGUCCACGGGGGUCCGCCCGACCAGUCCACAAGUGUUUUGUGGGCUUGGAGAAGGCGUUCGACCGUCUCCCUCGGGGAGUCCCAUGUCAUCAGAGUUUGGUCCGCAUUGCCGGCAGUAAGUCGGACUCGUAAACGGGUGAGGGUUGGAGUCUGGCGUGGCUGCCCUUCGUCACCGGUUCUGUUCAUGACUUUUAUGGACAGAAUUCCUUGGUCCAGUCAAGAUGUUUUAUGCGGUCUGCUUUGGUGACAUCAGUAUCGCGUCACUGCUUCAAGACGCUUGCAAGAAGCCUUGUGAAGUGGCCACCCCGACCCCCUUUUUGUCUUUUUCUUCGUCGGUAUUGCAUCUCGUUGUUGAGAACUUGUGUUACGGUCUGAAAGAACUGGAAAAUUGCAUCCAUCCCUCCAUUUUCAGAGCCGCUUCUCCUCACAAAGGUGGCGGGGAGUGCCUGGAGCCUAUCCCAGCUGUCGACGGGCAGGAGGCGGGGCGCGCCCUGAACUGGUCGCCAGCCAAUCAAGUGUUUGAAUGAAUCCAAAAAAAAAAAAGAUAUAUCCAAGUACAUAAACUCAGGUUUGUCUUAGCUUCAAAAUUGAAUUUUGAUUGUGGAUUACAAUUAUAAAAAUAAGCAUCGUUGUCGGAGCCGAAAAGCGAGCGCACACCCGCGGGAAGUGGAGAGUGGCGUACUGUCCACGUUGCAGCGCAUGAAAAGCCUGAGGCCCUUUUGUGGGUAAAAGGAUGAGCGCAAGGCAUGCUGGGACGUCCUCGCUGUCCCACAUUUCACCGAGAAGAACGAGACAAGCGAGACGUUCAUAAUCAAGACGGACACGCGCUCUUGUUUGUGUGCCGAAUAAAAAAGGUGAUCUUCUCGGCUUGCGAGCUGGGCAUCUUCGACCUCUUGACGGCGCCCCCGUGUGCCCUGACUGCCCAACAGGUGGCGGUGUCGUGCAACGCCAGCGUGGGCGGAACAGAGCGACUGUUGGACGCUCUGGUGGGCAUGGAGUUACUCCACGUGGAGACGCAGGAGGACGGGACAGCUCUCUACAGCAACAGCGAAGUGGCCAGCAUGUACUUGGCCAAAGGCGGCGCCAAGUCGCUGCACCACGUGGCGAUCUACCGGUCACAGACGGGCUACCAGCUGUGGAACAACCUAGCGGAUGCCGUCAGGGAGGGCAAGAAUCAGUACCAGAAGGCCUUCGGCAUCCCGCCCGAGGAGGUCUUCCAAGCCAUCUACAGGUCCGACAAGGAUAUGUUGAAGUUCAUGAGCCUGAUGAACUCCUGCUGGGUUCUGGACGGACACGACGUGGUGAUGGCGUUCAGCCUGGCCGGCUUCCGUGACAUCGUCGACCUCGGAGGAGAUUUUUUCCACGAUGAACUUCCUGUCGCCGACUUGUACGUCCUGGCUCGCAUCAUCCACGACUGGUCUGAAGACAAAUGCGUGAAUCUUCUCAAGAGGAUCUGCGACGUCUGCAGACCAGGCGGCGGCGUUCUGCUGGUGGAGGCCACGCUUCUGGAGAGCCGGCGCGGGCCCGUCCACACGCAGCUCCUCUCGCUCAACAUGCUGCUGCAGACGGAGGGCCGCGAGCGUCCGGCGUCCCAGUACGCCGGCUUGCUCCGGCGCAGCGGCUUCCGCGACGUCCAAGUGUGCCGCACGGGCAAGACCUACGACGCCAUCUUGGCUCUCAAAUAGGAAGAAACGGGAUUCAUUUGCGUCUGCGCGUCCUCGUCGAUUGAGGUGACCUUCGUGAAUCGAUGCGUGCGGAUGAAAAUAAAUGACGGCCUCACACGGUUCCACGACCAAAUCAAUCGCGUCGCUAAUCAGGGGCAGGCUUCCGCCGCCCGAUUGAUUGCGGUAUGGCAUCUCAAUAGAUGACUUCUUGCGCUUUUCGCGUCAUCUUUUUGCAUCUGAAGUGGUAUGUCGUGCGUCGUCUUCUUCUUCUUUCGCAGCUCAACCGUCGUCACGCGUGACCUCCCUCACCACAUCCAUCAACCUUUCCUUUGGUCUUCCUCUCUCUCUGUCUCUCGCUCUUCUGCCCGGCGGCUCCGUCCUCGGACUCUGGCGUCUCGUGACGUGUCCAAACCGCCUAAGUCUGCUCUCCCGAUCGAACCUCGUCUCCAAAACGUCCGACUUGGGCUGUGCCUCCCUCUCAUGAGCUCAUUUCUCAUCCCGUCCAAGAUGUCCAACCUCAGCAGCUUCCUUUCUGCCGCCUCCAGUUCUGCUUCCUGCGGUUUCGAUACGUACAUCUCAAGAGAUGACAUUUAUGCGAAUUAAUCAAUUGAGUUGCCCGCCCUCUGCGCCAGUACCCCAAUGAUCACUUUUCACGUUUAGAGUAGUCGUCGUUUUCAAUAGGAAAAAGAAAAUGGAAGAAAUCUUGGUGAUGGUGUGAUUCUCCUUUUAUUGUUUAUGGUGACUGGGACUGUCAGCUACUUGUAGUAUUAAAUGAGCUUUUAUGGCGAUCCA